AGUUUAACACCACCCAUACCCAAUACUAUAGUCCAAGCCUUCCCCCUCUCUCUAUACCGUUUGGUUAUUGGCCUAACAAAUUGGCACCAAAACCAUUUCCCAUUUCCCCAAACAACUCCUUAAAAACACACUCAAAAUUCUCACUUUCUCACACUCUUCACUUCACCUCCCAAUUCCAACGUCACGGCCAUGGCUGGAUCAGGAACUCUGAGUCUCUCCCAAUUCCCAAUCCACAGACCUCUUCCAUUUCCUAAAAACAAACCACAAACAACCAGAAUUUGCAUUAGAGCCAUGUCAGGAGAAAAUUCUUCAUCUUCUGUCACCACACAACAAGAACCAUCACCAAUCUCAAUUUCUCCUCCUCCCAAUUUCAAACCUCCCGAACCUAAACGCUUUAUCAUUAGACCUGACAAGAGGAUUGAAAUCCUCAGUGCUUCGCUUUCCUUGUUCUUUCGCCUUGCUACUGGAGUUUUCGCCUCUGGGUAUUCUUUCUCGUUUGUUUCACAGGAUGAAGUUCCAUCAGACGAAUAUGCUUUUAGACUUUCUGGCAUUACAGUAAAAGAAACAUCAAAGUUAGGCGCUCGACCAGAGAAACCCAUUGAAAUAUAUGAAUUUGAAAGCUGCCCAUUUUGUCGGAAGGUUAGAGAAAUAGUUGCUGUUUUGGACCUUGAUGUUCUUUUCUAUCCUUGCCCGAGAAACGGCCCAAAUUUUCGUCCGAAGGUUGUUCAGAUGGGUGGUAAACAGCAGUUCCCUUACAUGGUUGACCCAAACACUGGUGUUUCAAUGUAUGAAUCAGAUGAAAUAAUUCGGUAUUUGGUUGGCACAUAUGGUGAUGGAAACAUCCCUCUCACUUUAUCACUCGGAUUUUUAACGUCACUGACUUGUGGUCUUGCUAUGCUUAGUCGUAUUACAAAGGGAACAACAUAUACUCCAGCAAAAUUACCACCAAAGCCACUUAAGUUAUGGGCGUAUGAGGGGUCUCCUUUCUGCAAAGUCGUACGGGAAGUUCUCGUGGAAUUGGAGCUGCCACAUUUGCUUAUCAACUCUGCUAGGGGUAGCCCAAAAAGAAAUAUACUAUAUCAGAAAAAGGGACAUUUCCAGGUACCUUUUCUGGAAGAUCCAAACACCGGAAUAGAAAUGUUUGAGAGUGCCGAAAUUAUAGAGUACAUUAGAGCAACUUACACUCUUUAGUGAUUGAUGCCUUUUGCAGCCAAUAUCACUUUCAUCAAUAAUUUUUUCUUACAAGUUACAAUCUCCAGUUAAUGAUUUUGGUGAGGCUUCUUGUAAAAUCUAAAUUGGUGUUACACAGAAAAAUCAAUUUGUUACUAUAGAAAAAAAAUCAAAUAGUGGAUUUAGGUGCUUCAAUAUUGAAGUUAUACAAUGGUUGGUUUGAUUUGAGGUAAUAAAAACUGUGAGUUUCAAAAGUAGAAGUAUAUAUAAAAAAAUAUUAUAUAUAUUUCAGUCUUCAUUGUUGUCCUACAAGGCUACAAUACAAGGCCAUUUACUAUACUGCCUUUCAAAAUUAAUUUUCCUGCCUUCAACUUGUACAAUUUAUUUAUGAGUAAAUUAUCAUAUUAAUCUUGCAUAUAUUAA